CCGAAAACAUGAAGAGAAACCAUGAGUUGAUGACCGAUGAGUCCAAUGCUAAACGCGCCGAGAUCAAAAUCAAACCCAAAAUAACAACGCAAACCUCCACCUUCCAUUUUGAUUCAUUCAUAUCCAAGUGCAGAAAUAGAAACAUCAAAUUCAAAUAAAAACAACAACAAUAAAUUAUAUUUCUUGAAUAUAAGCUAGAACGAUGGCCAUGCUCAUGGGCUUGCCUUCCCACCUUCCCUGCUCUUCCAGUUGCAGAACUGCUAGAGAACUGCUGGGGAAUAUCAUGACAGAUAUUAUUCGAUCAAGUAGCACAAAUUUGCAAUUACCGAGUAGUAGAAGAAGAGUCAUUUCUUUUCAGGGCUCCGUCAGGUCUGUCCAAACUUCAUAUCGAAUAUCUGUCCCAGGCACCUCAUCAACAAGGGAAGAAAAAGUGGCUUCGAGCUUCUUGAGGGACAAGAAGUUGAUUCCUGAUUCAGAUCCUCCUAGCAUGCAAGAUGUCAACCUUUUGUAUCAGUUUUUUGAUCAAAGUACCAAGCUCAUGGUGUUGACAGGAGCUGGAAUUAGCACAGAAUGUGGAAUUCCUGACUACAGAAGCCCAAAUGGAGCUUAUAGCUCUGGUUUCAGACCAAUUACCCAUCAGGAGUUUCUCCGUUCUAUUCGGGCCCGGAGGCGUUAUUGGGCAAGGAGUUAUGCUGGGUGGAGACGGUUUACUGCUGCACAUCCUGGUCCAGCUCAUAUUGCUUUAGCAUCUCUAGAAAAAGCUGGCAGGAUAAACUGUAUGAUUACACAAAAUGUUGAUAGCUUGCAUCACCGUGCUGGUAGUAACCCAGUUGAAUUACAUGGGACUGUAUAUUCUGUGGUUUGUAUAGAGUGUGGUUUUUCCUUCCCUCGGGAUCUAUUUCAGGACCAAGUUAAGGCCCUUAAUCCAAAGUGGGCAGAGGCAAUUGAGAGUUUGGACUAUGGAAACCCUGGAUCAGAAAGGAGCUUUGGCAUGAAGCAGAGACCUGACGGUGACAUUGAAAUUGAUGAAAAAUUUUGGGAGGAGGAAUUUCACAUUCCUACGUGUCAAAAGUGCAAUGGAGUGCUUAAACCUGAUGUUGUCUUCUUUGGUGAUAAUGUUCCCAAGGAUAGAGCUGAUAAGACAAUCCAAGCUGCAAAAGAAUGUGAAGCUUUUCUUGUGCUAGGAUCAUCCGUAAUGACGAUGUCUGCUUACCGGCUUGUCAGAGCUGCACAUGAAGCUGGUGCUGCUACUGCAAUAGUAAAUGUAGGAGUGACACGUGCCGAUGAUUUUGUACCUUUGAAAAUCAAUGCUCGACUGGGAGAGAUUCUACCCAGAGUGCUUGACAUGGGAUCCCUCUGUGUCCCUGCAGUUAGUUGAUUUUACGUGGAGAGAGCUUCUUUGCGGAAAUGGAAAAUUAUUCAAUUUUCGGAAGUUCAAAUUAGUCAAAGAGAAGGCAUCAAAUUAUCUUCUACCCAACAAGAAUGAGAAAAAGAAGUUGGAUAAACCAGAAGAAAAAAAACAUGUAUGUUCGCACGUAUGUAUACUGAAACCAAUCAUUUCAUUGGAUUGCUGUAAAGACUGUUUGCAUUUUCAAUUAAAUAAUGAUUGAUGUGAAA